GAUGAUGCUUUAUGGAAUAAUGAAUUCCCUUGUGUCCUUCCUUGAAAUGAACUAAUAAUUUGAGUUUGAAAGUGCGACCCAAUUAAAGAGAAGCCAAUUAAGAGUUGUGCCCCCCCUUUAAUGAGUUGUGACUUGAGCCACCAAACCAAAUUGGAAGAGUACAAUUUGUGAU